CCCGUGUGGGUUAAUGGCUCCUCCUGCUAGAUAUUGAGACGGAGCUGGUACAGAGGAGCAAUAAGGGGUAGCAGCAAUAGUACGUAGAAUAGCAAUUACACCCUUAAUAUUAGCUGUUUUCCGUCGUAAUUGUUUGGGUGGGUUUGGCUCAGAGGCGGUGGGAGUAUUAGUUUGGGUCGAGUGUUAAAAUUAGACACAGGCGGUCGAGGAAAGCGUUGUAUUUUUGAACGACCAACUCCCCAAAUGAACUCCGUCAGAGCCACCAACAGAAGACCCAGGCGAGUGUCGAGGCCGCGCCCGGUGCAGCCCGAACGGAACAACGGCGAGCGAGAUGAAGAGGUCCCCGCUGCCGCCGCUGCCGCCGAGAUGGCGGUCGAGGAGUCGGGUCCAGGAGCCCAGAACAGUCCCUACCAGCUCCGUCGCAAGUCCCUGGUGCCCAAGAGAACCGCUGCUGCCUCUGCCACUGCCUCCGCCUGCCCCAGCAAGAGCCCCAUGGAGGGUGCUUCUACCUCGUCCACAGAGGCCUUCGGUCACCGAGCCAAGCGGGCAAGAGUGUCCGGUAAGAGCCACGACCUGCCAGCUGCCCCUGCAGAGCAGUAUCUGCAGCAGAAGCUUCCAGAUGAGGUGGUGUUGAAGAUAUUCUCCUAUCUGCUGGAGCAGGACCUGUGCCAGGCGGCCUGCGUGUGCAAGAGAUUCAGCCAGCUAGCGAACGACCCCAUCCUCUGGAAGCGGCUGUACAUGGAGGUGUUUGAGUACACCAGGCCCAUGAUGCACCCAGAACCGGGCCGGUUUUACCAGGUCAGCCCUGAAGAACAUGAGCACCCAAACCCCUGGAAGGAGAGCUUCCAGCAGCUGUACAAAGGGGCUCACGUGAAGCCCGGUUUUGCCGAGCAUUUCUACAGCAACCCAGGCAGAUAUAAAGGCCGGGAGAACAUGCUGUACUACGACACCAUAGAGGACGCGCUGGGCGGCGUGCAGGAGGCCCACUUUGACGGGCUUAUCUUUGUCCACUCGGGUAUCUACACGGACGAGUGGAUAUACAUCGAGUCCCCCAUCACCAUGAUUGGCGCAGCUCCCGGUAAGGUAGCAGACAAGGUGGUGAUCGAGAACACCAGGGACUCUACGUUUGUCUUCAUGGAGGGCUCGGAGGACGCCUAUGUAGGCUACAUGACCAUCCGGUUUAACCCCGACGACAAGUCGGCCCAGCACCACAACGCCCACCACUGCCUGGAGAUCACCGUCAACUGCAGUCCCAACAUAGACCACUGCAUCAUCCGCUCCACCUGCACAGUGGGUUCAGCGGUGUGUGUGAGUGGCCAGGGGGCCUGUCCGACCAUCAAACACUGCAACAUCAGUGACUGUGAGAACGUGGGCCUGUACAUCACGGAUCAUGCCCAGGGCAUCUACGAGGACAAUGAGAUCAGCAAUAACGCACUGGCGGGCAUCUGGGUGAAAAACCACGGCAACCCCAUCAUACGACGCAACCACAUCCACCACGGUCGAGACGUCGGCGUGUUCACCUUCGACCACGGCAUGGGCUACUUUGAGAGCUGCAACAUCCACCGGAACCGCAUCGCGGGCUUCGAGGUGAAGGCGUACGCCAACCCCACCGUGGUGCGCUGCGAGAUCCACCACGGCCAGACGGGCGGCAUCUACGUGCACGAGAAGGGCCGCGGGCAGUUCAUCGAGAACAAGAUCUACGCCAACAACUUUGCCGGAGUCUGGAUCACCUCCAACAGUGACCCCACGAUACGGGGAAAUGCUAUAUUCAACGGUAACCAGGGGGGCGUGUACAUAUUCGGAGACGGGCGGGGAUUGAUCGAGGGCAACGACAUCUACGGCAACGCCCUCGCCGGGAUCCAGAUCCGGACCAACAGCUGUCCGAUCGUACGGCAGAACAAGAUCCACGACGGACAGCACGGCGGCAUCUACGUGCACGAGAAGGGCCAGGGGGUGAUCGAGGAGAACGAGGUCUACAGCAACACGCUGGCGGGGGUGUGGGUGACCACGGGCAGCACGCCAGUCCUGCGACGCAACCGCAUCCACAGCGGCAAACAGGUGGGCGUGUAUUUCUAUGACAACGGCCACGGGGUGUUGGAGGACAAUGACAUCUACAACCACAUGUACUCCGGAGUGCAGAUAAGAACGGGGAGCAACCCCAAGAUCCGGCGCAACAAGAUAUGGGGCGGGCAGAACGGAGGCAUUCUGGUCUACAACUCUGGUCUUGGCUUCAUCGAGGACAACGAGAUCUUCGACAACGCCAUGGCGGGCGUGUGGAUCAAGACGGACAGCAACCCCACGCUGCGGCGCAACAAGAUCCACGACGGCCGGGACGGGGGCAUCUGCAUCUUCAACGGCGGCCGAGGUCUCCUGGAGGAGAACGACAUCUUCAGGAACGCCCAGGCCGGUGUGCUGAUCAGCACCAACAGCCAUCCCAUACUGCGCAAGAACCGCAUCUUCGACGGCUUUGCAGCAGGUAUUGAAAUCACGAACCACGCGACGGCAACGCUGGAGGCAAACCAGAUCUUCAACAACCGCUUCGGGGGUCUGUUCCUGGCCUCGGGGGUCAACGUCACCAUGAAAGAUAACAAAAUAAUGAACAACCAGGACGCCAUCGAGAAGGCGGUGAGCCGAGGGCAGUGUCUGUACAAGAUCUCCAGCUACACCAGCUACCCCAUGCACGACUUCUACAGGUGUCACACUUGCAACACGACAGACCGGAAUGCGAUCUGUGUCAACUGCAUCAAGAAGUGCCACCAAGGCCACGAUGUGGAGUUUAUUAGGCAUGAUAGGUUUUUCUGUGACUGCGGCGCGGGGACGUUGUCAAACCCCUGCACGCUGGCAGGGGAGCCCACGCACGACACGGACACUCUGUACGACUCGGCGCCGCCCAUCGAGUCCAACACACUGCAACACAACUGAGCCAAGGCCCGCAGUACAACGCACGCACACACACACACACAGACACGCGCACACACACACACACACACACACGACUCUCUGCACCAUCCACACGUCACAGAGCCAUAGCAUCCAUCCAUCGAUCCAUCUCCACAGGACCCACACAGAGACCGGGAGACGCGCACACAUGAACAUGGUUUGCAUACAACACACGUGAACGCCGGCCCGCGGCCGCGUGGACCCACGGAGAGACUCUGCGCUAGCGGCGCUCUCAGACCAGGCCCCGGGCGGCCGUGGCUGCGGAUUGGCCAGUGGGUGGUGGUGGUGGAGAUGGGGGGUUGGUUGUAGUGGUGGUGGCGGUGGUGCUGCAGUGGCAGUAGCCUACCCCUAGAGGGAGCCAGAGGAGCGCAAGAGGAUUACACUUGAUUUGGAUGCUCGCUGAAUGGCCACAUGAGAUUUCUCCCCUCGCGCCAAGACAUUUUCCGAAUGCAGUCGCCGGUGGCCAGAGACGCAGUGGAGAGGCGAUGCAGUAUCGACCGCUUCGGGGGUGGGGGGAGAGGACGUAGAAAGGAUCCACACACAACCCACCUGCUCCGCGUCUCCUGACUCCCAUCCCCCCCUUUGUUCCUCCCCCCCCCAGCCCGCUUUCCGGAGGCGCACUGUUCGCUUCUCAAGAACUGCCAUGAAGAGGUUUCCUGCCUCCUCUCAGCUGCUGUCCUCAUUGGUUGCCCUGGCAGUUGGUGUGUGUGUGUGUGUGUGUGUGUGUGUGUGUGUGUGUGUGUGUGUGUGUGUGUGUGUGUGUGUGUGUGUGUGUGUGUGUGUGUGUGUGUGUGUGUGUGUGUGUGUGUGUGUGUGUGUGUGUGUGUGUGUGUGUGUGUGUGUGUGUGUGUGUGUGUCGGAGCACUUGGGCUUUUUUUUUUUUAAUUGUUAUUCCGAUCAAUGGAUUUGAUUUUAAAUGCUUUCUCAUGUAGUUUUGUAUUUUCAGGCAAAAAAAUGAACUGUAUUUGAAUGUCUUUUAUUUUAUUAUAUAUUAUUAUAAUUAUUGAUAUUCUAAUUUUUUUUUUUCUUUUGGUUAGCAUCCCCUUUUCCCUCACCCUCCUCCACUCCUCACCAUGCUUCCAGCAGUGGCUCAGACGUCCCAGUGAACUCAGUUCUUUCUGUGAAAGAGAAUCUCGUUAAAACACUAAACAAAAAAAACAAAAGUUAAACUUAAAAAAAAAUAAAAAUCCUCUCCAGUAAUAUUAUCUUAAAUGGCAGGUGGAGGAGCUCCACACUUGUAUAAAGGUUUGUGUGUAUGUGCGCGUGUGUGUGUGAGAAGAAGUUGUGUGUGUUUUAAGUUCAUGCAGUCAUUUUCUCUGGAGAGGCUUUUCAAUAGGAGGCAUCGGAGCUCCUUGCGACUGGAAUGGAUGUCCUGGUCUGCUGUCUUCCUCCCCCUCUACACCUCCCUCCCCCUCUACACCCCCCUCUCCUGUGUAUCGUGGUGACUGUGGCUCCUCAUGCAGCCUGGAUCGUAUGCAUGUACCAUAACAUCUAGACUUAAUAUAUUGUGAAGUAUUCAAUAACCAAUAUGUAGAUGCUAGUCAGAAUAAAAAAAAGGGGGUUUAAUUUCCUAGAAAGGCAAAAAAAGAUAAAAGGAAACUGGUCAUUUCUAAGAAAAUAAAACUUUAUUAGAUCAAAAA